AUGGAACUGGAAGGUCUAAAUGAAUCUGUAGAGUACGGGGCAAAGAUUAGAAAAGAGUUUUCCCUCCAGAAAAGCGAGAUAUUUCUCAACCAUGGAUCAUUUGGUGCUGUUCCAAAGUGUGUCCAACAAGUGCAACGAAGAUUCCUGGAUGAGAUGGAGAGACACCCCGAUGACUGGUACAGGAGGAAUGCUUACACGUACUGGCAGGAAUCACAGGAGGCAGCAGCAGACUUCAUGCAUUGUGAGCAGGAGGAUCUGGUGUUUGUGGAGAAUACGACCACAGGUAUAAACACAGUGCUGAAGUGUUGCCCUUACAAGCCUGGAGAUAUUCUGAUGUACACAACUCUGACAUUUAGGCCUGUGGCCUACACCUGUCAGGCCACAGCGGAUCUCUUUAAGGGAGUUCAAUUCUUUGAGAUGGAGAUCCAAUUUCCGAUAUCGAGUGAGGAUGAGAUUUGUGAGAAAUAUGAAGACUUCUUCAAAUCCAACCCCAACACCAAAAUUGCAAUCAUAGAUGCCAUCACCAGUCCAUCAGCUGUAGUGAUGCCGUUGAAGCGCCUCGUCGAUCUGUGUCACAGGUAUGGAGUUAUGGCCGUCGUAGACGGUGCACAUGCUGUUGGUACACUUCCAGUCAAUCUCACCGAACUCGGCGCCGAUGUCUUUACGGGCAGUUUCCACAAAUGGCUGUUCACUCCCAGGGGCUGUGGAAUGUUAUACGUGAAGCGGGAACAUCAUACCUGGGUUCGCCCGCUGGUGACAUGCUGGUGCCACGGACUGUCCCUGGACAAACAGUUCUUCCAAGUGGCUACUAGAGACCAGACCCCAUUCACCACUGCCAAAUAUGCAUUUGAAUUCUACCAGCGGAUUGGAGGAAUGGAUAAGAUCAUCGGCUACGCAUCCAGUCUCGCCACAGAGGCACAUGAGUAUAUUCUCAAGAAGCUCCAAGCAGAGCCAUUACAGAUACCUCAGAGUAUGGAGUCUCCCACAAUGAGGGUGAUCCGACUGCCAGACUUGCCUCAGUACCCAUGUCCAAUUUACGAUGGUGUUUUCCACUUCAACAUCUCGAAUGACUCCUCUGUCAGUCGACCAUCUGCUCCAAAUAAGCGUAUUAUUCCCAUUGACUCGGAUUCCGACUAG